UCCAGUGAGUUUUGUGACCGAACAGCUUGUCUGUAAUGGCUUCCAAGGCUGUUGCUGUUUGGGGAUCUUAUGUUUGUCAAUUGGGUAGGGGAGAUUCGGACUCUCGGCGUUCUGGGUUUGUUUUGAAAUGGAACAGAGAUAUUGAGAGGAGCUGUAAAGUUGGGCGUAUUUGUGUUUCCGGACAUUUUACUGCUCUUCUGGCCACAAAGCCUGUUGAGGAUGAGAAUCCGACGUCACCCACGGUUGAAUUGCAGCGGUUGGUUGAACUGUAUGAGAAUAACGAGUCCAAGAUAUUACACAAGGAUUUGAAUCCUCUUCCAAGACCAUUAUCUGCAACUGAUCUUUCCCCUUCGGAAAAAGAUGGCUUCAAGGUGCGCGUAGCAUAUCAGGGACUACCUGGUGCAUAUAGCGAGGCUGCUGUCCUCAAAGCAUAUCCCAAGUGUGAGGCGGUUCCCUGUGAUCAGUUUGAAGCUGCAUUCAAGGCAGUUGAACUGUGGCUGGCUGAUAAAGCAGUUCUCCCCAUUGAGAAUUCCUUAGGUGGGAGCAUCCAUCGCAAUUAUGAUUUACUUCUUCGCCAUAGGCUGCAUAUUGUGGGUGAGGUGCAGUUAGCCGUUAACCACUGCCUUCUGGGACUACCCGGUGUGAGAAAGGAGGAGCUAAAACGUAUUUUAAGCCAUCCCCAAGCACUUGCUCACUGUGAGAAUACACUCAGUAAGUUAGGUGUUGUCAGAGAAAGUGUGGAUGAUACUGCCGGUGCUGCUCAGUUUGUAGCUGCAAGUGGCCUGAGAGAUAUUGGAGCUGUUGCAAGUGCUCGAGCUGCAGAGAUAUAUGGGCUUAACAUACUUUCAGAAAAAAUACAGGAUGAUUCUGAAAAUAUAACCCGUUUUCUGAUACUUGCAAGGGAACCUAUAAUUCCUAGAACUGACCGACCUUUCAAGACAAGCAUUGUCUUCACCCUGGAUGAAGGCCCAGGAGUAAUGUUUAAAGCCUUGGCGUUGUUUGCUCUGCGGGGUAUUAAUUUGACAAAGAUUGAAAGCCGACCACAAAGAAAGCAGCCAUUGAGGGUUGUCGAUGACUCUAACACUGGGUGUGCCAAGUAUUUUGACUACCUUUUCUAUUUUGAUUUUGAAGCUUCAAUGGCAGACCCUCGUGCACAAAAUGCUUUGGGAAACCUGCAGGAGUUUGCAACAUUUCUUCGGGUCCUUGGUUCCUAUCCCAUGGAUACAGUCCUAUAGAUGCCCUCCAUCCCUGGAGGCAGUUUUUUAUUUUGUCUCGGUUCAUGAAGCCUGCAGGACAAAGACGGUCAAUCCUAAUGUUUCAAACAUGUUAGAUCCUGUUCAAGCUGGUG